GCACGGGGGCGCAGCUGGCUCCGGACACCCCCUGACUCCCGCCUCCACCCCCUUCCCGCAAGGGGCCCGGGCCGGACCAUGGCCCCCCAGGCGCUGCUGUCCGGGUACCCCCCGGUGCCCCCGCACCGGCCCGCGCCCGGCCUGGGGCUGGAGCUGGGGCCGGAGCGGGCGCUGGAGCUGCAGUGCGUCCUGCUGGGGGACGGCGCCGUGGGCAAGACGAGCCUGGCGCUGAGCUACAGCGCCAACGGGUACCCGGCCCGCUACGUGCCCACGGCGCUGGACCGCUUCUCGGCCGUGGUGCAGGUGGACAGCGCCCCCGUGAGGCUGCACCUCUGUGACACAGCGGGGCAGGACGAGUUUGACACGCUGCGGCGGCUCUGCUACCCCAAGGCGGACGUCUUCCUCCUCUGCUUCAGCGUGGUGGCCCCCACCUCCUUCCAGAACGUGGGGGAGAAGUGGGUGCCGGAGCUGUGCCGGCUCUGCCCCGCUGCCCCCCUGCUGCUGGUGGGCACCCAGUGCGACCUGCGCCAGGACGUCCAGGUGCUUAUCCAGCUGGCCCGGCGCCGGGAGAAGCCGGUGGCCGAGCCGGCGGCCCGGGCGCUGGCCCACAAAGUGGGGGCUGUGGGCUACGUGGAGUGCUCGGCGCUGACCCAGCAGAACCUCAAGGAGGUGUUCGACACGGCCAUCCUGGCGGGGCUGCGGCAUGCCGAGGCCCGGAGCCGGCGGGCGCGGAGCACAGCCAGCCAGGUGCGGACGCUCUCCAAGGCCUGGUGGAAGAAGUACGUCUGUGUGCGGUAGCCGCCCCCCGCCCCCGUGUCCCCUGGGGCCACCCUCCAGCUGGGGGGUGAAGGGGGCUGGGCUGAGAACGGACAACUCAAUCCAGGUGUGGAUUCAAGAGCCUCCGGGCGGCUGCUGAACUGGGUGUUUGCCGGCGGAAUGGAGACAGGCCCCGUGCCGUGCGGGUGGCUGUGCCGGGCUGCAGACUCCCCCACCCAUGCCCAUGUGGGCUGUGCUCCUGGGCUGCUGGUCUGCAUGGCCCCCCCAAUCCGGGGGGUCCAAAUUCAAAGCAGGGGCUGGUUCCCUGCUGUGGGGAGAGCCAGAAUCUCAUCCCCUCAAGCUGCCUCCCUGCAGGACAGUCUGUCUUGGCUGGGGGUGGGGGAGGAUCCCCCCCAGCACAGCCCCUUUGGCAGAGGAUUUUGGUUUGCAUGGGGCAGGGAGUGAACCGCUGCAGGAGGGUUGCCCCGCUGGACUGGGGAGGGGCAGAACCAGCCCCCCCCAAACUGGCCCAGCCCCACGGCUGGGUUUAAAUCCUCCCCCUCGCUGGGCACUUUGUGGAAGGGACUGGCCGGGGCACGGGUGGUGUCUGUACCGCGGGGGGCUCAGCCGGGCACUCCCUCCCCCAGCAGUCUCUAGGCGGGGUCAGAGCCAGCUGCAGCCGCGGACUGGAGCUUCCCACGUGUGGGGCAGGCGGGGGCCGGUCUCUGGGGGGCUGCGCCCGCUCACUGCUAUGUUUGCACUAGUAUAAAAACAUCCCUGGCCGAAUGGGGGUUUGGCCAGGGGUCCCCUCCCACCCCAUGGCACGGGGACCCCAUGACAAAUCCCCCUUUCACCCCCUCCCAAGGCCUUAACCCCUUCCAAGCCAGCCGUGUUUGUCCUGUGCCGUCCCCCUGGGAGCGGGGUGGGGGACUGCGGCUCUGCGGGUAGCCGGCAAAGGGGGGUGUCGGGGGGUGCUGCUGAACUGCCCCUUACCCCCAUAACUGCCCCGAGCUCUGCCCCAGGGGUGCUGGUUUCUGAUCCCAGCGGCAGGUGUGUGGGGGGUGGCGGUUUGUCAGCUGCUGUUGUGAUAACCCUGGGCAAAGCCAGGGUCCGUCUGUCUGACCUUUCUUUUUUUUUUUAAGUGUCUUGAACCAAUAAAGUUUCUUUCCCUGGUGCAAACGUUGUGGGAGCUCCCCUGGGAGCUGCUUGGUGGGGGCGGGGGGGAAGCCGAGCACUGGGGGGUCGAUCAGUGCUUUGAAGGGGGGGUUACAGCCCCCUCCCCCGAGCCUAGUGCCCCAUGUGGCUGGGCACGGCCUCAGCCCAGCUCCGUUCAGGGGCUCGGGACGGGUCUGGGGAACCACUGCUGCCCUAGGCCGUGCGGCAGCUGGCUCAGGCCCAAGGUUUGCAAAGAGUUGGGGGGGCCGGGGCUCUCGGCGCCACCUCCUGCCCUGCCCCUGGGGAAGGCCCCGAGGGUGAGAGCCGGGAGGUCCCCAGUAACCAGCUGCCCCUGUUUGCCCAGGGUGGGUGAGCGGUUCGAGCAGGAAGGGAGGGCAGUGCCCCGGGCUCUUGUGCGCCGGGUGGGGAGGGAGCCAGUGAUGUCAGGGCCAGGAAGGGAGAGAACCCAGGAGUCCUGGCUCCGAGCCCCCCCUGCGUCUCACCACUGCCAGAUGCCUCUGUCAGUUCACUUCUGUUCCCAUGAGCCCGCAGCCAGGGGG